AUGACAUCUUCCACUUGGACACAAACCCCACCAUGGAUCUGGCUGCCAACACAUCAUGAGGAUGAGAGCCAACCUGGUCGGUAUUUCCUUUUUCGCAAAAGCUUCCAAUGGACUCAGCCAUAUGGGCUGCGUGAGUUUCCAGUGCACGUUUCUGCCGAUAGUCGAUAUCGACUUUUCAUAAAUGGCCACCGGCUCAGCUUUGGUCCUUGCAAGAGCUAUCCGGAACGUUGGUACUAUGAGACAGUCGACAUUCUACCUUAUCUCACCGAAGGUGAAAAUGUGAUCAGUGCUCGCGUUUUGCGGUACUCUUGCGUUCAUACCGGCUCUUCGUCGAUCAUUAGUACCGAGUUGCCCGGUCUGAUGGUACACGCUGAAAUCGAGGGACUAUCCAUCUCCACAGGUCCCUCAUGGAGAUGUUUACAAGAAGAAAGCCGCAGGAUUAUUCCUCACUCGGAGUGGAAUUAUCUUUUAGGGCCUCCUUUCAUGUCAAACAACGAGAGAGUAACAGAAGACAAUGCGCUUUCUGGUUGGGAUCGAGCGAGGUUCGACGAUAGCGCCUGGGAGUCCGCCAUUUUCCAAUUUCGCCCAGUGAAAAUGCUCCCAAUCCAACGUCCGUGGAAGCUAGAACCACGUCCCAUUCCAGAUCUUCCAGAAAUUUCAGGAAGAUUUGAUGGCAUUGUGAAAUGCCAAGGAUCAAUUUCGAAAACACAGUGGAAUGGUUUCAUCAAGGGAGAUGGAGAUUUGAUUGUACCCGCCGGAGAAACUGUGGUCGUCGACAUUGAAUGCUCAUCUUUGACAACGGCAUUUAUCAACCUGGAAUGUGGUGAAGGGUUGGGAUCAAUUAUCACAUUCCUAUAUUCCGAGUGCUACGAGAAAGAUCUUGGGAUUGAUAUUGCUCCUUUCCCUAUGCCGAGAACCAAGCUGCUCAGAUCCGACUCCAAUGGUCGCCUAUAUGGAGUGAAAGAUAUCUAUACAGUCACCGAAGGUCAAACUGAUCAGACUUUUGAACCUUUUUGGUUCAGAGCAUUCCGAUAUGUUCAAUUAAAUAUCGUGACAUCAUCUCAGCCCCUGACACUCAAGGGCUUUACUCUUCGCGAGACAUCAUACCCCCUCGACAUCUCUACUGAAAUACAGGCUGGACCAGAACUUAAUAAGAUCUGGGAUGUUAGUCUACGGACUCUCCAAAAUUGCCGACAUGAGACAUACGAAGAUUGUCCUUUCUAUGAGCAAAACCAGUUCAUAUCUGAUUCCCGACUGCAAAUGCUCUUCACAUAUCAAUUAUCAUCGGAUGAUCGACUUGCUAGAAAAACGUUGGAAGAAUUUCACGCCAGUCAGACUCCCAAUGGCUUGAUCAAGGCGCAGUUUCCGGCCGGUUUCAACAGUAAACAAAUUCCUCAAUUCUCAUUGUAUUGGGUUGCAAUGGUGUGGGAUCACAUGAGAUACUUUGCGGACAAAAAGCUUGUUCGGCGGUACUUGAGCACUAUUGACGGAAUCCUCAACCAUUUCGAUGACCGAAUUAAUGAGCUCGGCCUGGUCGGUCGAUUUGACGACGAUACAUGGCCCUUCAUUGAUUGGGUGGCUCAAUGGUCGGUCCCAGGGAAGAUCUUCGAGUCCUGUAUGCCUCAAUCAUAUACCAAACAAGGCGCAGCAACUUUCAAUACUCUUCUCUAUAUUGUUGCUUUGAUGCAGGCCGCCGAUCUGUGCGAAUUCAUGGGGAGAAAGGAUACUGCAUCAGAAUAUUCUGCCCGUGCACAAGCUCUCCGCGAUGCUGUGAAUAAACAUUGCUUUGGCGAUGCGCUUUAUCUGGAUGGCCCGUCAACAAAUGAAUACAGCCAACAUAGUCAAGUGUUUGCUAUUCUUUCCGAGACAAUCACCGGCACAGCAGCUCGAGAGUUGAUGGUGCGCACAAUGUACAAUUCUUCAUUAGUGCAAUGCUCCAGUGCUCUGCAAUUUUACGUGUUCCGUGCUGUGGAGAAGGUCGGUCUCUACAACAAAAUGUUCCCCGCUCUUUUGGACCCGUGGAGGCGUAUGCUUGCGGAUGACUUGACGACAUGGGCCGAGUUUGAACAGAAUCCUCGAAGCGACUGCCAUGGAUGGAGUGCUUGUCCAGUCAAUGAAAUUGUUACUCAAGUUUACGGAAUUAAGCCAGCCAAUCCGGGAUUUAAACGUCUCCGCAUCGAGCCACAAAUGGAUCUCCUCACCGCAGGAGAGGGAACAUUUGUUACCCCUGCUGGAAAGAUCAGGUUAAAAUGGGCUGAAGAUGAGAAUCUGGAAGUCGAAGUUUCCACUGAUGUUGAGGCAGAAGUUAUUUUUGGAGGCUCUUUGUAUGUUGUUCGAUUUUCAGCCGGGAAAACAGUCUCUUUUCUCAAAGAGACUGAGUCUAUGGUUAUAGUGUAA